AUGGUAAUGCGGCGAAAAUCUGUUCACUACGGCGAUCUUGAUUUGAACAAAGUGAUCAGCACACUUGUCCAGGUAAAACCAUGGCAGAAAAGUAUCGAUGUAUCCGAAAGCGAAAUCCGUAUGAUCUGUAUGUUAUCCAGACAAAUUUUCCUUCAUCAGCCAAUGUUGCUGGAACUUGAGCCACCGCUUAAAAUCGCAGGCGACAUUCACGGUCAGUACAACGAUCUGCUCCGCUUGUUCACUCUUGCCGGCUUCCCGCCAGAGUCCAACUAUCUAUUUCUCGGCGACUACGUAGAUCGUGGACCGAAGAGUAUCGAGACGAUCGUACUACUACUAUGCUACAAAAUCAAGUAUCCGAACAAUUUCUUCCUACUGCGAGGCAAUCACGAGGUGGCAAAUCUGAACAGGAUUUAUGGAUUCCAUGACGAAUGUAAACGACGCUACAGUGUGAAAUUGUGGAAAACGUUCCAAGAUGUGUUUAACUGUAUGCCAGUAGCGGCGCUUAUCGACAAUAAGAUCUUCUGCUGCCAUGGUGGUCUUUCACCGACCCUCAGGUCACUCGACCAACUAAAACGGAUAUCCAGACCGUGCGACGUGCAGGAAACAGGAUUGCUUUGUGACAUCUUAUGGUCGGAUCCGGACUCUUCCGUUGUCGGUUGGGCACCAAACGAACGCGGUGUAUCCUAUGUGUUCGGGGUGGAUGUAUUGGCGCAAUUCUUACAAAAAAUGGAUUUGGAUAUUGUUGUACGAGGACACCAGGUUGUGGAAGACGGUUACGAGUUUUUUGGUCGACGGGGUCUGGUCACGGUCUUCUCAGCACCGAAUUACUGUGGUGAAUUCGAUAACGCUGGUGCGGUGAUGAAUGUGGACGAGAAUCUGUUGUGUUCAUUUCAGAUUCUGAAGCCGAGCAGCGACGUCAUGGUGAAAGAGAAGCAAAGUAAUUUUGCGAAUGGUCUAGCAACGUUGGUGAAUAUCAAAUUGGUGGAGCAACAAAAUAAACCGCAACGACGGUUCCGACGAGGGAUGUUAUGA